GACGAACGAAACCGGAACACGUGUAUUUGUAUGUUUAUUUAUUUGAUUUACUUUUUAAUAUACACAAUCAAAAAGUAAAAAUUUGAAGAUAUAUAUAUAUAUUUGUAUAAGUCACAGUCUAUCAAAUGAGUAGAGGUGGUGGUAGAGGAUUUGGAAGGUUUGGUGGUGGAGGAGGAGGAGGAAGAGGUGGCGGUGGAUUUGGAGGAAGAAGAGGUGGUGGUGGUGGUGGUGGUUUUGGUGGUCGUGGUCGAGGAAGAGGCAGCAGGGGAGGUGGAGGAUGGGGAGGUUAUGAUUCAGGACCACCAGAAGAAGUGAAAGAACUUGGUUAUUUUACUCAUCCCUGUCAAGAUGACCUAGUCUGUAAAGUGAUCAUAGACGACGUUCCCUUCUUCAAUGCACCCAUUUAUCUUGAGAACAAACAACAAAUUGGAAAAGUCGACGAAAUAUUUGGACCCAUCAGAGAUUAUAAUAUAUCAGUGAAGUUAUCAGAUGAUGUGAAAGCAGGAUCAUUUGCAAAGAAUACAAAAAUAUAUAUUGAUCCGGCCAAGUUAUUACCUUUGCAAAGAUUCCUUCCUCGUCCACCUGGUUCCUCAAAUAGAGCUGGUAAAAGAGGAGGAGGUAGAGGAGGCAAUGGCGGAAGAGGUCGGGGUGGUGGAAGAGGAGGCAGAUUUGGAGGUGGCAGAGGUGGUGGCGGUAGAGGAGGGGGUGGUGGCAGAGGUGGUUUUAGGGGAAGAGGCGGAUUUGGAGGUCGUGGUGGUUUUAGAAAAUAA